UGUAGCGAGCGCAGGCUUCAACAUUAUCAAACGUUUUUCGAUUUCAAAUAUAUACGUUCUACAUUAAAAUAGAAUAAAAAAAAUCUCCUGUUUAGCAGUUUUCUUUAACCGCUCACUAUUCAUUGUUCUGAUAGUCGUGCAAUAAUAAAACGAUGAAAACUGUUUCAGAAAAUAAUCGAAUAAUUUCGGACAAGGUGUCCAACAAAAAAGGUACCAGAAAAUGCUUGAAAACAUUGCAACCGUCUGGCGGUGAUAAAGAAAAUUUGGUUGGGACUGGCAGAAUUCAUCAAAACAAUCCUGAUCCUAAAAUAUUGAAGCCACAACCUAAGACUGAAGUAGAAGUUAAAUCUAAUGAAAAAAAGUCUGUAGUUGCUAAAAUAAAUCCAUCCCUUUACAAAAAGUUAAUUAUUGAAGAUCUCACUAGCACUGCUGGUCCUAGUGAAAAAUACUGGGAAGUUAUUGCAGAAAGGCGCAGAAAGGCUUUGGAAGAAGCUCUUGAACAAAAUCGUAAAUUACAUAACAUGGUUAUGGCAUUGGAAGACGAAAAUGCAUCUUGUAAAAAAUUACUUGAGCAAACAACUGAUCUUGUUGACACAUUAAAGGAAGUACUUGAUGAAGAAGAUAAAUCAAUUGAUGACGAUGUCGACGAUGACAAUUUGUCAAUUGACUCAAAGCAACCAAACAGCAACAAUGAUUUUUCCUGCAGUGAAUCUGAAUAAAUUCUUUUUACAUUUAACAAAUAAUUCAUUUUUACAUAUUAUUCAA